GCUCCCGCCGCUCCCGCGCAGCCUCGCCGGGGGAGGCAGCGGCGCCGCGCCCCAACCGCCCGCGGUGAAUAUGGCCUUGGCAGGGAAGCCUUUAGAUGUGACACUCACCACCUCCAGGGCUGACCAAUGGAAUAUGGUUUUUCCCCAGAGAGACGAAAUCAUCACCAGCUUAGUGUCUGCCUUAGACUCCAUGUGCUCGGCGCUGUCCAAGCUGAACGCGGAGGUUGCCUGCAUCGCCGUGCACGAGGAGAGCGCCUUCGUGCUGGGCACUGAGAAGGGAAGGGUCUUCCUCAGCGCCCGCAAGGAGCUCCAGGCUGACUUCCAGAAGUUUUGCAGAAUCCAGCAGAGGAAGGAGCAGGACGCAGAGGUGCAGAAGAAGGCAAAGGAGUGCGGGCAAAGGGUGCUCAGGGUGUCCCCGGACCAGGGAUCAGAUGUGUACCUCCUCAGGAAGAUGGUAGAGGAAGUGUUUGAUGUGCUUUAUAGUGAAGCCAUGGGGAAGAGCAGCGUGGUCCCCUUGCCCUACGAGAGGUUCCUGAAAGAGCCAGGCUCGCUGGCAGUGACUGGCUUGCCUGAGGGAAUCAGCUUUAAGAAACCCCUGGAGUAUGAUGUGAAAUCCCUGAUGGCCAUCCUAGAGCACAGCCACAGCAUCCGCUUCAGGCUAAAAAGGCCAGCAGAUGAGCCCAGCCGAGAGCCCAACCCCAACAUCGAGUUAACUUGUUCCUCCCUCGCCUCCAAGGGCAGCCGAGACUCUGGUGCCAACGGCCCCGUGGCCAAACCCACCUCGCAGGACGCCCCCUCGGCCAUUGCUAUCACCAACUUCCUCUACGGCGUCUCUCUGCCCGGCCCCGUCGCCAUCGACCUCAAGCAGGAGGCGUCCUCGGGCCUGCCCGGGCCCACGGCGGCGGCGGGCGAGGCGCUGCUGGCCCGGCCGGCGGCAGAGCUGAAGGUGCCUUCCUCACAGGAGUACAGCGACUGCUGUGGACAGAAAUCAUCAGUCUCCGGAGGUCCCCUGAUCCAGAAUGUGCACUCAUCCAAGCGCAUCCUCUUCUCCAUCGUCCAUGACAAGACAGAUAAGUGGGACAGUUUUAUAAAAGAAACUGAAGACAUCAACACCCUUAGGGAGUGCGUGCAAAUUCUUUUUAACAGCAGAUAUGCUGAAGCCUUGGGGUUAGACCACAUGGUCCCUGUGCCAUACAGGAAGAUUGCCUGUGACCCCGAGGCAGUGGAGAUCAUUGGCAUCCCAGACAAAAUCCCUUUCAAAAGACCUUGCACCUAUGGGGUCCCCAAGCUGAAAAGGAUCCUGGAGGAGAGGCACAACAUCCAUUUUGUCAUCAAAAGGAUGUUUGAUGAAAGAAUUUUUACAGGAAGCAAAUUUACCAAAGAUCCAACCAAGCUGGAGCCCUCCAGCCCUCCCCGGGAGAUCUCCCCCGAGCCUCACCGUGGGGCCACGCUGGAACUGGGGGGGACCUCUCAGGCCAACAGCAGGUCUGAGAAGUGUAAUGUUUCUGAAGGCUGUGAACCAGGUACCUCAGGAGAGCUAGGUGGGAUCAGGCAGAUCAAAAUCGAACCAGACGAGCUGAACAUCAUCCAGAUCACCGUACCAGACCGAUCCCCUGCCUCAGUGGAAAUGCAUGACCCAGUGCCCACGCACGUGGCCUCAGAGGAGUCAAGAUACAUCCUGGAAACAGGAGCAGAGGCAGAGAAGGGGUCCAGCGAGGAGUCUCGACACGAAGAAAAGCAGAUGGAGGGAUCAGAUGGUAUAGGGGACAUUUUAAGUCAUUUGAGGAAACAAGUUGAAAUUUUGUUCAACUCACGAUACGCGAAAGCCAUAGGAAUAUCAGAGCCAGUCAAAGUCCCCUACUCCAAGUUCCUGAUGUACCCUGAGGACCUGUUUGUUGUGGGCUUGCCAGAAGGCAUCCUGCUGCGCCGCCCCAACUGCUUCGGGAUCGCAAAGCUGAAGAAGAUCCUGCAAGCGAGCAACAACAUCCAGUUUGUCAUUAAAAGACCGGAGCUGCUGGCGGAGGGCGUAAAGGAGUCGGUGUCAGACAGCCCAGCAGCCAAAGCCGCCGACGAGAGGGACUCGAGCGAGGCGCUGCUGGAGGACGCUGUGAAGAGACAGGGCUUCCAAGAAAAUUAUGAUGCCAGGCUUUCCAGAAUAGACAUUGCUAAUACGCUGCGGGAACAAGUCCAGGACCUGUUCAAUAAGAAAUAUGGUGAGGCCUUGGGGAUUAAAUACCCUGUGCAAGUGCCCUACAAACGCAUUAAGAGCAACCCAGGGUCGGUGAUCAUAGAGGGACUGCCCCCUGGGAUCCCCUUCAGGAAGCCCUGCACCUUUGGCUCCCAGAACCUGGAGAGGAUACUGGCUGUUGCUGAUAAAAUCAAGUUCACUGUGACAAGGCCUUUUCAAGGACUCAUCCCCAAACCUGGGACCAGCAGAGCUCUGUGCUGCAGUGGCUGCUCUCCUGAGCCUGCUUGAAAUGGGGAACACGUAUUGUCAGCUAGGUAUUUGGAGCUACUUCAGAUUGCUUAUGCCUCUGCUUAGGAGAUUUGGACACAUGCUCCUGCUGUCUCCCAAGUCCCCUUCUGUUUGCUGGUGUCAGCUCACUGCAGUGUGGCAUCAAGAGCCUCCCCUCUGGGCCCCUUCCUUGCCCUGGGGCUGCAGCCCUGACCUCCCCACAGCUCUCCCUGUGGCUGUCACUUCAGCAGGAUGAGCCACUUCAUUCCUCCUUUUGCCCAUCAUGCAAAUCCAGGCCAUAGUCCCAUCCCUGGCUGUUUUUCCAGAGGAAGUUAAUUUCUUUUUAUGUCACUGAUCACUUUGGAGUCAGUGGCAAGCACCAGCCUCUCCUUAGGGAUUCCUUUUUCUCCCAUUUCUCCUAUUGAUGCAGAACUGUCAUGAUCUCCCUGUUUGCUUUUCAUCUGCUUUAACCUGAGGGGUUUUUUUUUCUCCUCUGGCACUGGAACAGCUGUGCAAGGCAGCUGCUGCUGCUCUGGCACAUGCCAUAAAUGCUGUCAUUUGGCCAUGCAUCCUUAUGCACAUGUGGACCUUGAGCUGCUCAGGAGAGCCAAAGGGAUGCUUAAGCAAAUUCCAGCAAAGCAGGUCCUGGUAUGAGGUGGAGAGCCCAGCUCACCAGUAAAUAACCUGCCAGGCAGUUAUUAGCUACCAAAACUGUGCCAAGGGGCCAGAGGAAUUUUAAUCCUGGGUUUUGCUUUUGUUUGUGACCGAGAAACCAAGCUGCAGCA